AUGUCCUCCCCAGACUUCCUCGAUGAACUAGAAGCAAUCGAAGCAAUCUACCCCGAUUGCCUCACCAGACUCACCCUGGCAAUCAUGGAACUCAUCAUUCCUUCCCAUCCAUGGUGUAAAAUACGAUUAUCAUUCAGCGAUUCUUAUCCUGAAUCAUCCGCUCCCAAUAUCUUACUCGUGAAAUCUACCAGAAAAGUCGAUCGCAACAAUGAGAAACCCUUAGAAACACUUGUGCAAUCAACGCUUGAUGAAAUAUUUGUCGAGGGUCUAGUAUGUCUUUUUGAUCUCUUUACCUUCUUAGAUGAAAAAUUGACAAUGUUCGAAGAACAAUCACCAGAAAUGGAAGUUGAGAAUGAAGAAACGCCCGAUCUUGAUGAUUAUGAUGACGAGAUCUCUAGUGUGUGGGCCCAAUCCGUUCCAGUGACUGAUAGAGGUUCAACGUUUAUCGGAUUUGCCUGUACCGUGCACAGUGAUGACCAAGUAAAUGAAUAUUUGGCCCAACUUAGAUCGAAUAGAAAAAUCGCCAGGUCUCGCCAUUCUAUGUGUGCUUGGAGAAUUAAAAAUCAGGAUGGAACUAUCAUUCAAGACUCUGACGAUGAUGGUGAAACCGCAGCAGGAGGAAGAAUGUUACAUCUCAUGACAUUGAUGGACGUUUGGAAUUGUCUUGUGGUUGAUGUUCGAUGGUUUGGAGGAGUUCAUAUCGGUCCAGAUAGAUUCAAACACAUCAAUUCCACUUCAAGGGAGGCGAUAAUAAAUGGAGGAUUUGCCCCCCUCGAUAAACCAAAGAAAAAAUAA